UGGCGGACGUAUGUCAGACAUAUGCGCGCCGUGGGCGGGUGUCGACGUAUUUGUAAGGGGGGAAAAAAAAGAAAAAGAAAAAACACAGAGGGGAGUGCAGCGCUUCAGCGCGUGGAUACGCAGAAAUAUGUGAUGGUUAGGGGAGAUGUGAGUGGCGUCGGUCUCAGCUCUCCAAAGAUGUGAGCUUUGGCUGGGAGUGGCGUGGCGCACUCUGCCCCUCCAGAACGACAACCACCUGUAUGGAUGGCCAGACCUCCAGCGUGAUCCGGUCCCCCUCAUCAGAGAGGCACAGGGGCAGAAACGCGACUGAAAACAGGGGGAAUGCCGAGGUGCAGAAGGGCGUCAUGACGGUAGAAAACAUGCUGGAGGAGUCCGUCGUGCUCUCGGCGCCUCACCUGUCGGCGGAUCGAUAUGAGCGCGGCCGCCAGGGAUGCUGCGAGAGGGUGGUCAUCAACAUUUCGGGUUUACGCUUCGAGACGCAACUUAAAACUUUCAACCAGUUCCCAGACACUCUGUUGGGAGACCCCAGGAAGAGGAUGCGCUACUUUGACCCACUGAGGAACGAGUACUUCUUCGACAGGAACAGACCCAGUUUUGAUGCCAUCCUGUACUACUACCAGUCAGGGGGGCGCAUACGGAGACCUGUUAACGUCCCCAUUGAUAUUUUCUCAGAGGAGAUCAGGUUUUACCAACUCGGAGAGGAGGCCAUGGAGAAAUUCCGCGAGGAUGAAGGGUUUAUAAAAGAAGAGGAGCGCAUACUCCCCAAAAACGAUUUCCAAAAGCAGGUUUGGCUUUUGUUUGAGUAUCCUGAAAGCUCGGGACCAGCGAGGGGAAUAGCCAUUGUUUCAGUGCUGGUUAUUUUGAUUUCGAUUGUUAUUUUCUGCAUGGAGACUCUGCCGGAAUUUCGGGAUGAAAGAGACCACACCAAAGUGACCCAUACAGUUAAUGGCACUGCUCUAUACGUGCCAAGCCCGUUCACAGAUCCAUUCUUUGUGAUAGAAACGCUCUGUAUUAUAUGGUUCUCGUUCGAGUUGCUGGUCAGGUUUUUCGCCUGCCCCAGUAAAACUUCCUUCUCCAAAAACAUCAUGAAUAUCAUUGACAUCGUUGCCAUAAUCCCCUACUUCAUCACCCUGGGGACUGAACUGGCAGAGACGCAAACCAACGGCGGCCAACAGGCGAUGUCCCUCGCCAUCCUGAGGGUGAUCAGACUAGUGAGGGUGUUUCGUAUUUUUAAGCUCUCCCGACACUCGAAGGGACUUCAGAUUUUGGGGCAAACCCUUAAGGCCAGUAUGAGGGAGCUCGGGUUGCUCAUAUUUUUUCUUUUCAUCGGAGUUAUCCUCUUCUCCAGCGCGGUUUACUUCGCAGAAGCAGACGACCCCGCGUCGGGCUUCACAAGCAUCCCAGAUGCGUUCUGGUGGGCAGUUGUGACCAUGACCACAGUCGGAUACGGAGACAUGCAUCCGGUGACAAUUGGUGGGAAAAUAGUGGGGUCGCUGUGCGCAAUAGCAGGCGUGCUGACCAUUGCCUUACCCGUGCCAGUGAUUGUGUCCAAUUUCAACUACUUUUAUCACAGGGAGACUGACGGAGAGGAGCACCCGCAGUACACGAACACGAGCAGCUGUGAGCACCUCCCCUCAGAGGAGCUGAGGAGGUCGUGCAGCUCCACGUCUCUCAGCAAGUCAGAGUACAUGGUGAUAGAGGAGGGCAUCAACAGCGCGUUCAAACAACCCAACUACACCACGGAAAACAACCAGAACUGCGUCAACAUCAAAAAGAUUUUCUCGGACGUGUAAAUGAACCCCGCAACGGAUCAUGUGUGAAGCAUGAAGGAACAGUAGCUGCGAUGGUUUUUUAUAUAUGUAUACAUAUAUAUAUAUAUAUAUAUAUAUAUACAUAGCCAGUCGUCAUGUGUUGGUGCAUAUCUGUGGAUGAACGCUGCAAUUGUUCGUUUUAACAAGGCAUUUAUCUUUUCAUUCAAGCAGAUGAACAACAAUGUAGAAUUUCUCAGCGAUCAACAACUAUUAAAAUCGCCUGAAAAUCGUUUGCACAGAGGAAAGUGACGGCAAAUAUUAACAAAAAGUUACUGGCUUGUUAAAACGGAUGUCUGUUUCAGUGUAUAGAGCCAGUCGAUGCCUACAUAUCUUGAUGUUGUACUGCUGGUGUUCAUGAUACACGUGUAGCGUAUGUUGGAUCUACCAGUCAAAAGCGACGUCUUGUGGUCUGUGGAAAGAAGAAGUCUCAUUGUCCAGUAAUGUAAUCAAUAGACUAUGGUAACUUACAUAUAGCCAAAUAUUAUCUGUUUAGGUUAUAUUUAAUAUCAUAACCUGUGGAGAUGUUGGAUUAAUAUUCAGGUAACACAGCGCCGAGUGGUCUAUCAUCACAAUUUGUGAGUUGAGAUUUAUUUAUUUUUCGUAAAGUUGUAUUUUUAUCCAGAACUGCCUAUAUAGCCUAUAUAUUAAAUACAUUAAAUACAUGUUAAAUGAG